CCCUCUGGAUUUAGAGCAGUGUUCCCUGAAAGUGCUAGAGCCAGAAGGAAGUCCCAGCUGGAGUCUCCUGAAACUACUGGGAGAUCGGGGUUGCACUGUGGUGGAGCUUGUGGAGUUCUUGCAGGCCCUGGAGCAUACAGAGGCUCUCCAGUGUCUCAGCCAUUCAGGUAUAAAGAUUGUUGUACAGCCAGACUCUCAAGCAGUGCUCUCUGGUCAGGUUGUCAAGCUGUGUUGUUGGGCAACAGGACACCCAUUUGUGCAUUACCAGUGGUUCAAGCAGGAAAAAGAGGUUCCUCAUGGAAAUUCUCCAGAGCUGGUUUUGAAUCCGGUGAAUGUAAACGAUUCUGGCUUUUACAUCUGUCGAGUGAACAGUGACUCUUCCUUUGUGUUCAGUCGGUGGGCACGACUUGACGUUUGUGAUCUCCAGGGUACGUCUGAUGGGAGCUUAAUUGGUUUGCCUGAAAACAAGUUGCGCAUUUGUAUUCAGCCUCAGCCACAAAACCUGACAGUGGGAGAUGCUUUGGUACUAGAAUGUGGAGCUGUUGGAAACCCAAUUCCUCGUUACCAGUGGUUCAGAAAUGGAUUUCCCUUGGCAAAUGGGAGCAAAAAUGUCUACAUGGUAACUUGUGUGGAUGUGGAACAUCAAGGGACGUAUUGGUGUCGUGUAUUCAAUGACCAGGAAGAUCAAGACAGCAAGAAGAUAGAAGUCAUUAUAGAAAGGAAAUCUAUGGCAGUGGAGUGCACAGAAGAAGAUCUAAGCGAUCUUCAAAAACCAGACCUACAAGAACAAUCAAGUUGGAGACCUGUUGCAACAGACAAGGUAGCUCUGUUAAUAGGAAAUAUGAGCUACUGGAAUCACCCCCAACUCAAGGCUCCGAUGGUAGAUGUCUAUGAAUUGACCAAUUUGCUAAGACAGCUGGAUUUCAAAGUUGUUUCUUUGCUGGAUCUUACUGAGUCUGAGAUGCGAAAUGCAGUGGAUGAGUUUUUACUUCUCCUGGACAAAGGAGUAUAUGGUUUGUUAUACUAUGCUGGCCAUGGCUAUGAAAACUAUGGAAACAGUUUCAUGGUUCCUGUUGAUGCUCCGAAUCCCUACCGAUCUGCAAACUGUCUGUGUGUGCAGAACAUCCUCAAACUAAUGCAGGAAAAAGAGACGGGACUUAAUGUAUUCCUACUGGAUAUGUGUCGGAAAAGAAAUGAAUAUGAUGACACAAUUCUUAUCUUAGAUGCCCUGAAGGUUACGGCCAACAUUGUUUUUGGAUAUGCAACGUGCCAAGGAGCAGAAGCUUUUGAAAUUCAGCAGUCGGGCUUGGCCAAUGGAAUCUUUGUGAAGUUCUUGAAGGAUCGUUUGUUAGAAGACAAGAAGAUUACUGUACUGCUUGAUGAGGUUGCAGAAGAUAUGGGCAAGUGUCACCUUACCAAAGGCAAGCAAGCUUUGGAGAUCCGCAGCAGUUUGUCUGAGAAAAGGGCAUUAACUGAUCCCAUUCAACAAACCGUAUCUUCUGCAGAGUGUCUGGUGCGGAACCUACAGUGGGCCAAAGCUCAUGAGCUUCCAGAAAGUAUGUAUCUUGAAUUCAAAUGUGGUGUUCAGAUUCAGUUGGGGUUUGCAGCUGAGUUUUCCAAUGUCAUGAUAAUCUACACGCGAAUAGUAAAGAAGCCACCUGAAAUAGUAGUUUGCAGAGCCUACGUUACAGACUUCGCACUCGACCUGGAUGUGGAUCCUAAAGAGGCCAAUAAAGGAACUCCUGAGGAAACCGGAAGCUAUUUAGUAUCAAAGGACCUUCCCAAACACUGCCUCUACACCAGGCUAAGUUCACUGCAAAAACUACGGGAACACUUGAUCUUUACUGUUUCCUUGCACUAUGAGUAUCCAGGAAUAGAAGAUACGAUGGAUGAAAGAAAGGAAGUUAAUGUUGGGAAGCCUCUUAUUGCUAAACUAGGCCUUCAUCAUGGAUUCAAAAAUAAUAACUGUAUCCAGACCUGUUGCAUGGCUAAUAAUCCUUUUCAUAAUCAAAUAGAAUCAAGUCCAGUUGUAACUAAAUACUACGUCCCUAGUCAUUGCCAACCAAAUUCCUGUCCAAGCAUUUACCAUCCAAACCAUAUUUGCUCAGACAGCAUCAGACAACCAGAGCCAUGUUCUUGGAAUGGGACUUCAAGGAUAUUAGCUUCCAGACAUGAAGUACGGAAUUAUUCGCACCCUGUGGAAAAGAGUAAUGUACCAGUAGAGACCACUGAUGAUACUGUUGAACUGGAAUUCCUUCUCUCUGACAACCUCAGAUUCUCUAAACAGCAGUAG